AUGCCGCCGACGUCGACAACGCUGCAGCCUCCCGUCCCGAACACGACCGCCUCCGAUGAAAUGAGCAAAGUGCCCAUGAACGCAGGCUCCAGCGUUGGAGUCAGCGCGUACCUGAUUGCCCCAUUUUUCAUGGUCCUGGCAGUGAUUUUCGCCUCGAUCUUGGUAUUUCUGAUAAUUCGUAAAAGACGUCUUGAUGAGCUUCGCCACACACUGAUGCCAAUGUACAACUUCGACCCAGCUGACGAAGGAGACCAAGACUGGGAACAGGAGUUGCUCGAGUCUGUCCAGGAGCGAAUGCCAUAUCAGCACCAACUCAACAUUAAGGCAGAAAUCUAA